CAAACCCAAACCCCCAAAAUCAAAUCCCCAGGAUUUUUGUCGCAGUGGGGGAAUUGGGAAUGGAGGCUUGGAUUUGGUGUAAGUAGGGUUGGAUCGCGACGCUAGAGAGGAGGAGACCGGAUAUGGCGUGCAUUGAUCGCGGCAGCUGCGAAAAAGGUUUGUGAUUCCCUUGCGGCGCGGGCGGGCAGGAAAAGGGCGGCGCGGCGAUCCAAUUCCCGGCGGCGCCGCCGCGCGGGAGAGCCCAUGGACAAGUGGAAAUCCUUCUUCCAGAGCUCUGGAUCGGACAUCUGGACCGUGAUCGAUCGCGCGAUCACCAUCGCGGCCGUGGAGCAGCCGGCGGAGCUGCGCGCGCGGCGGGACAAGUUCACGGAGAAGAUGUUCUGCCCGACGGCGCAUCUCACAGGGCUGUGCGAGUGCGACGAUGGCGAGGGGGAGGAGGAGGAGAAUGGCGGAGGAGCCAUGUCUAGAUCCGACGGUGGCGAUGGCGAGGAGGACGAGGACGAGGACGAGGAGGAUGAUGUCGUGGAGAACAAGCUGGUGGUGUCGGGAGGAGGAGCUCUUCGCGAGGACGAGGAGGAUUUGGAGGAGGAGGAGGAGGUGGAGGUCGUGGACGAAGAGGAGGACCAGGAGGAAGAACACGACGACCAGGAUGAUAAUGCCGACCAAGAACAGUCUAGAAACAGGAGAAAAUCCAAGGCGGAUUGUAGCUACAUGGACGUGGAAGCUCUCACGGACGAGAUGGAGGAGGAGUCUCGGAGGAUCAAAGAGAUCAACCGGAUCAAGAACCAAAUCUCCCACUUCGCAGACGAGGAGGAUUAUCUCUGCGAGGCGCUGGAGAGAUUGGAGAGCAUGCACAUCUCGUUCGAGGCUCUCAAGGCUACUGAGAUUGGAAGACCGGUGAACAAUCUGCGCAAGCAUCCGUCCUUGAGAGUACGAUCCAUUGUGAAACGCCUCGUCAGUGGAUGGAAGACUCUUGCUGAAGAAUGGACCAAGAGUGCAGAGCAUUUUGCUGGUGGUACUAAUGCUACAGGCCAUUUUGACAAUAACUAUGGAUUGCCUUCUCCACCUGUUGACGAAGGCGAGCUCCUCGCUGCCGGGACGGCUCCUUUGGAAGUCAACAAGCUCUUCGAUUUUAUUGAGGAUGAUAUGUCUGCUGGCUCCGGAGAUAUGAACGAGAAGCCCCGACGAGGAAGCUCUGGCGACUGGGUGAGAGGAAUUUAUGAGGACGCGCACUCGCCGGAAGAGACAAAGCCAGCAGCGGCGGUAAGCAGGAAGACUGGCGAGUCGGAGGCGGACAGAAAAAACAAGCAACAGGUUAGCGUUAGCAGAAAGGAUAGCUCGAAGAACUCGGACAGCAAAAGAAGCGGUGAGAGGGAAUCGAGCAGGGCAAAAGUGUCGACUUCGCAACAGCAAAAUGGAUUUAGAGGAAGCCAAGCAGGAGGAGCAGUAGCUGCUGCUGCGAAUGGGAAGCACAGCUCUGGUAGCGGCAGUGUUGCUGCGAAGCAGCAAAGGCCGGACGAUCAGAGACACAGGGCAGCGACGAGCAACACGUCUCGCUCGAUGAAGCCCGGCGUAGCGUCCGUCUCGAAACCAAAAUCGUCGUCUACGCCUCUUCCAUCAGCCAGCAAGAGGAGUGUUGAUGAGAGGAUACAGAGCUGCAAGAUGAGCAGCUCAAGCAAGGCCGGUGGAUCGACUGAUAAGCUUGCGGCUGCUAAGAGAAAGCUACAUGAAGGCUACAAACAGGCAGAGCAUGCCAAGAAGCAAAGAACAGUUCAAGUGAUGGAGCUCACGGAUCUUCCCAAAGGGAAAGGAGGUCCAAAGGCCGCGAAAGCCAGCGCGAGCAGCAAAUUGCAUCACGCUCAACACAACAAUAGAUACAAUUCGAUCCACGGCAGGCGGUGAUCAAUGCCAAAGAUCGAAAGAUCUCUAGCCAUCUUCGCAAAUUACUCGCCCUAAAAUUCAAAUAUUUGAAUUUGUGACA